AUGGAUCGUCUCUCCAAGUCCACCCUGCUAGCCUUGCUGGCCAGCCAGGUCGCCGGCCACGGCCACGUCACGAACAUCGUGAUCAACGGCGUCUCGUACCAGGGCUGGGACAUCAACUCGUUCCCGUACAUGGCCGACCCGCCGACGGUGGUGGCCUGGGGCACGCCCAACACGGGCAACGGGUUCAUCGCGCCGGAUGCCUUCACUUCCGACGACAUGAUCUGCCACCUCAACGCGACCAACGCCAAGGGCUUCGCGACGGUGGCCGCUGGCGACAGCAUCAACCUGCAGUGGACCGAGUGGCCUGAGUCGCACCACGGCCCCGUGCUGGACUACCUGGCGCCCUGCGGCACCGCAGGCUGCGAGACCGUCGACAAGACUACGCUGCAAUUCUUUAAGAUCGACGGUGUCGGCCUCGUUGAUGACGCCGCCCCGCCGGGCGUCUGGGCCGCCGACCAGCUCAUCGCCAACAACAACUCGUGGCUCGUCCAGAUCCCCGCCGACAUCGCCCCCGGCGACUACGUCCUGCGCCAUGAGAUGAUCGCUCUGCACGGCGCCUUUGCCGAGGACGGCGCCCAGAACUACAUGCAAUGCUUCAACCUGCGUGUCACUGGCGGCGGCUCCCAGUCCCCCGCUGGCGUCCCCGCCACCGAGCUGUACACUUCCACUGAUCCCGGUAUUCUCGUCGACAUCUACAACUCGCUCACAUAUACCGUGCCCGGCCCGUCCAUGAUCGCGGGUGCCACCAACGUUGCGCAGGCAACUUCGGCCAUCACGGCCACCGGAACCGCAACGGUCCCUGGUAGCGCUGCCGCCAGUGCUACCGCGACUUCGGCUUGA